CUCCAUGGCGACCGCGACCCGGUCACCCAGUUGGCUACCGAGGCCGGAGUUACGUCAUCGCCUUGCGCAGCCCGGAAGUGAUUGUCCCUGCUUCCGGGCCAACCUGGAAGCCCGGGCCUUCCAUCACGGGCCGAGUUAAGCAAACUGAUGAAGUGUCCACCCCGUGACUAUGGCGGUGUUUCACGAUGAGGUGGAGAUCGAGGACUUUCAAUAUGACGAGGACUCGGAGACCUAUUUCUACCCCUGUCCCUGUGGGGAUAACUUCUCCAUCACCAAGGAAGAUUUGGAGAAUGGAGAAGAUGUGGCAACGUGUCCUAGCUGCUCUCUCAUUAUAAAAGUGAUUUAUGACAAAGAUCAGUUUAUGUGUGGAGAAACAGUCCCAGCACCUUCAGGCAACAAAGAGUUAGUUAAAUGCUGAAGAAGCCCCCAGGAACCCAAAUCCUGAGCAGCAGGGAAGGAGCCCAGGUGCCUGGAUCAAGUGCUGAGUACACAACCUCUUCCCAGGACAGCUAACUGUGGCUGGCUUUUCCAUGUGGAUCUUCAUCAGCCGCCGAAUUCAUCAUAAACACACGAGCCUGUGACGUGUCAGACCUGGAUUUCCUGUUCCCAUGGAAUUGGAAGGAUUCCUAAUUGUCCAUCUGAGUUUGAAGGAAGAACCGUAUAAACUGGUGCUUGUCCUUUCUCUCAGUUGCAUCAUUUCAGUAUCUUAAAACUAAUUCAUUUUCUGAAAACAUCGUCCACUUCAACCUGAGGCUCUUUAUUUUAUUUUGUAAAGAUUUAUUGUUUUAUUUUUAAUUAUGUGAAUGUGUGCAUUUGUGUAGGAGUAUGUGCUUAUGAGUACAGUUGCCCAGGAAGGCUAGACGCACUGGAUCUCCUGGAGCAGGAGUCACAGGCAGUUGUGAGCUACCCGACAUGGAUGCUGGCUGAUUUCUGUGUGUUUGAGGCCAGCCUGAUCUACAAAGCAAGCACAGAGAAACCCUGUCUUGAAAACAAACAAACAAAACAUAUAAACUAAACAAACAAAAACAAAUAUAUUAGCUUAUAGAAGAUACUCUCAUUCACAUCUCCAAACAGUUUUCGGUGUGGCCUUGUGAAGUGAUUGAAAGAGCUAAUGACAGACACUGGGUCGAGUGUCUGUCUUUUGUGCAAGGAUGUAAUGCUAUUGUAACCAAAGGGAAUGCAGCAUUCUCAGCCAUGAACCACAUCCUAACAAUAAACAGAACUGCGGCUCUCA